AUUUGGUAACUAGUAGCCGCUUUCGCAUUUCACAAGAAUACCGCUUCAACUCUAACCGUUUUCUUUCUCUUUCUUUCUUCCCGGUUUUUCCAGAAACCACUCCCAUUUUCUUCGACAGAAGAUUGCUCCUAGCUUCAUCCAUCCAUGGCUCAACAUGAGGGAGAAGCGUCGCCGAGGGUUCAGUACCCACUGAACUCCGAGGCGUAUAGAAUUCUUGAUGAGAUUGGUGUUGGCGUGAGCGCCAUUGUUUACAAAGCUGAAUGUCUUCCGAUGAAUUCAGCGUUGGUGGCGAUCAAGUCUAUCGAUCUCGAUCAAUCUCGUGCUGAUCUUGACAGUGUGCUACGUGAAGUGAAGACCAUGUCGCUUCUCUCUCACCCCAACAUUCUCAGAGCCCACUGUUCGUUUGCCGUCGAUCAUCGCCUUUGGGUGGUGAUGCCUUUCAUGUCUGCUGGGUCUCUGCAAUCCAUAAUCGGUUCUUCUUUCCCUGAUGGUUUACCAGAACUCUGCAUUGCCAUAGUUCUGAAAGAAACUUUGAACGCCUUAUCGUAUCUUCAUGACCAAGGCCAUCUUCAUCGAGACAUCAAGGCUGGUAAUAUUCUGGUGGAUUCAACCGGCACAGUUAAGCUCGCUGAUUUCGGUGUCUCGGCUUUGAUUUACGAGUCGAACACCAGUUCUGGGACUUCGGGAUCAUCGUCAUCGUCGUCCUUGAUGCUCACCGAAGUUACGGGAACGCCGUACUGGAUGGCGCCGGAGGUGAUACACUCGCAUACUGGGUACAGUUUGAAGGCUGAUAUAUGGUCGUUUGGAAUCACCGCAUUAGAAUUGGCUCAUGGACGGCCACCUCUUUCUCACCUCCCACCUUCCAAGUCUCUGGUCAUGAAGAUCACAAAGCGCUUUCGAUUCUCAGACUACGAACAGAGCAGGAGUGAACAAAGCCAGAAGUUCUCCAAGUCUUUCAAAGAUAUGGUAGCUUCUUGUCUCGAUCAAGACCCGUCGAAAAGGCCCUCUGCAGAAAAACUGCUGAAGCAUCCAUUCUUCAAGAACUGCAAGAAUUCAGAGUUUCUGGUAAAUAAAGUGCUGUCGGGGUUGGCAAGUGUUGAACAACGGUUUAAAGAAAGCAAGAUUCGACGUUCUUUGUCUAUCAAGAAUACUGAUGAUGAUGGUGAUGAAGAAGAAAACGAAGAGUCUUCGACGGGAGAAAUCAUCAAACAGAGGAGGAUCAGUGGGUGGAACUUUAACGAGGACGUGUUAGAACUAGACCCGGUUUUCCCAAGCGAAACAGAAACACUUUCCCCUCCAAGACGGCAGGUCCGGUUUGCUGCUGAACCAAUCAUUCGGGAUCCGAGCAAUGAGAGUAGCUCAGACAAUCCGGGUUCAUCAUCUCAAAGUGUGGAAGGGGUCCAAGAGCUGCACGAUGAACACACAAAUGAGCACGCUGGAAGUUUGGCUGUGGCAGUUCCGGAAGGGACUCAAUUGAGUGCACAAAUUGGGGUUUCGCUUGCGCAUCUUGAUCGUGACGGUGUAGUGAGAAUGUUGAGGGGUCUGACUCGGAGUUUGUAUGAUCAGAGGAGGGCUGUGGGUUUAAUGCUUACCAUAUUAACUGGGCAGGAGGAAGUAAGCAGAGAGGACCAGUUACUGCAGGAGAAUGAGAGGCUGAAGAUGGAACUGGAGCAAGAGAAGAAGAAGACCUCUGAAAUGGAGAUGGAGAUGGAGUUUCUCAGUCUUCAGAUCUCCCGUGGCUCCACCAGCGCUGCAUCCAGGCAGAGUGGUGAGUGAAAUUCGCACAUUUUCAUUGUAUUUCAUUUGUCUAGUCCCUCGUAAUAACGAGCUGGCCACUUCUCAUGGUAGUGGUAGUCGUAGUAGUAGCGAAGAGGAAUUAAACAAUGGUUCUAUCCUCCCAUUGAACAAUAAUUGGAGUAGGAAGUAGGUGUCCAUUCAGUUCAUUCCAACCAUGCAAUUUGACCACUGAUCA